UUCCUGAUGGCGUUACUAGGCAUUUUCGAAGUUAUUUUAGCUUUCAUUUGCUUCGCAAUAGGCAGUCAUUUGAGCAAUCGUCAUGAAAUUUUAUGGAAUUGGCCGUUUCUCGGCAUGCUACCAUCUCUGUUGGCCAAUGCCCACCGGUUUCAUGAUUGGAGCAUGCAAAUUUUAGAGAGAAGCAACGGCACAUACCAUUUUAAAGGUCCAUGGUUUAUGAUCAACAUGGAUAUGAUAGGAACUGUUGAUCCUGCCAAUGUCAAGCACAUGAUGAGUACCAAUUCCUCCAAUUAUCCUAAAGGCUCCGAAUUCAAAGAAAUAUUUGGAGAUAUAUUUGGAGACGGCCUUUUCAAUUCUGAUUUUGAUCAAUGGAAGAAUCAAAGAAAAGUCGCAGUCGCUUUGAUCAAUCGUCAACGCUUUCAAAAAUUUCUCUUCGAUACUAUAAAUGUUACGGUGGAAAAUGCCCUAAUUCCAGUUCUUGAACAUUUUUGCGAGCAAGGCGGAAUAGUGGACAUGCAAGAUAUAGCUCACAGGUUUACGUUUGAUGUUACAGUGAAAGUGAUUACAGAAGAAGCCAUAUUCUACCGGCAUGUAAGACCAAAAAUAUUAUGGAGGUUACAGAAAUGGCUAGGGUUUGGAUUGGAAAACAAAAUGAAAAUUGCUAGGGGAGAAAUCGAUCGUAUAGCAGCCGCCUACGUUGCAAGGAAAAGAGAGCAACUCAUCAAAGACGGAGACGAAGAUGUUGAUCUUCUGGCAUCAUAUUUAACCUCGCAUUACAACGAUGAAAAAUUAAUGAAAGGAUGGAAAUCCAAGGAAGAAUUUUUGAGAGACACGCUCGUAAAUUUUUUGAUUGCAGGACGAGAGAACUCUUUAGGUUGGUUCUUUUGGCUAAUAACGAAGAAUUCAGCUGCAGAGGCCAAGAUUAGAGAAGAGUUGAGCAGAUUAUUACCAAAAAGAAGUGCUGAAAUACAAUUGUUCGAGUUGGAAGAGGUAAACAAGUUGGUGUAUUUGCAUGGAGCAAUAUGCGAAACACUAAGGCUUUAUCCACCAGUUAUGUAUGAACAUAAGAAACCUCUACAGCCAGACAUUCUUCCGAGCGGACACUAUGUUGAUCCGAAGAUGGAAAUUGUGUUGUCGAGUUACGCGAUGGGGAGAAUGAAAUCAGUAUGGGGAGAAGAUUGUUCAGAAUUCAAUCCAGAGAGAUGGAUAUCAAAGGAAGAUGGAAGGCUGAUUCAACACUCACCAUACAAGUUUCUAGCAUUUAAUGCAGGAGCAAGGACCUGUUUGGGAAAGGAUAUUGCUCUUUAUGAAAUGAAGGCAAUUGCUGCUGUUGUGCUUCAUAAUUAUAAUAUUCAGCUAAUAGAAGAACAUCAGGUAAUUCCUAAUUGUACUUCUAUUAUACUUCAUAUCAAGCAUGGUCUAAUGAUUAGGAUGAAUAGGAGAACUUGAUCAGCUUUGCAUGCAGUUUCGAGUUUGCUAGUUGAAGACAAUUCAAAUAUGGCCACUCGUCUAAAUAAAAGACAAGCAAAAGAUAUGCUACUAUAUAUGUAUGGUGAAUUACUCAUAAAAGACAAGCAAAGGACAAGUAAAGUAAUUCAAAUAUGGUACUUGAAUUACUCAUUAUGUUUUUUCUCUACUAGUUGUAUAACUAAUUUCGAUGUAUAUAA